GUAACGGAUGUGAUAGGCUGAACCAGGGGAAGAAAGAAGCUCGCCUCGUUCAGAAUAGCAGCGGCGCUGGAGUAGCCAACAGUCGUCGUCUUAUAGCUCCAGCCAAAACGGGACAUCGAACCUUUUUUAUUUUAUUUAUUUAUUUGGUUCGAUUGAUAUCCUCUUCUUAAACAAGAUGUGACUUUUAUAACAAGACUAAUACCUUUAGAAUAUUCAUGUCAGGAUAGCCGGGAGAGAGAACGCCGAGGAGGUUUUGCGAAUGGAAGUUAUUUGUUGUGAAUUGUUUUGAGUAUGUUAUGCCGACGUGAGUUUGUUUUUGGGUUGUCUCUGUUCGCCGUGGACCUUUAAUUUGGAAUCUAACGACGAAAACCAGAUCGUCGAGGGAAAUCCAGAGUGAGGAUUCUACGAAGCCAGAGAGCUCCCAACAGACCGGGGAUUUAAAUUGUGUUUGGUGUGCUCCGGGAGAAGCGAGAGUCAAAGAAAGAAAUUCAUGUGGCCAUUCUCUCUUUAGCAAAAUAUUUUGGAUUGCAGAAUGAGCAAGGAAAGACCCAAGAGGAAUAUCAUCCAAAAGAAAUACGAUGAUAUUGAUGGGAUUCCCUGGUCAGAGGAGAGGGAUGUGAGGAAGGUGCUCUAUCUCUCCCUGAAGGAGUUCAAGACUGCUCAGAAAAGGCAGCUCGGAGACGGCAUCGGCGAUGGAACCAAAUACACUAAUGGUUCCCAUGCCCGCGGGCAGCUCAAUGGCUCAGGGCAGAAGGGCCUCAAUGCUGACGGGUCACGGUUCCAGAGCACCGACGGCAGCAGCGAGUACUCUGAGGAUGGCCCUGCCAAGAAGAGGCCCAGACUGCAAGCACAGAGGAAGUUUGCCCAGUCUCAGCCCAACUCUCCCAGCACCACCCCGGUCAAGGUGUCUGAUACCGCCCUGCCCGCACCCUCCGCUCACAUCAGAGACAUCUCCAGACGAAAACCCAAGACCGAAGAUUUCCUCACCUUCCUCUGCCUGAGAGGUUACUCCUCGUGGCCAAAUGAAGGGUCAUCAGUGUUGCCCAGUAACAUGGCGUACUUUGGGAGCUCUCAGGAUGAAGAUGCACUGGAUGAUGAAGAGGAGUACGAGGAUGUAAAGCCAGACGUCAGCGUGGCAUCUACUUCCUGUCAGUCCACGCCCAGGAAGGGCAAACCCCAAGGGAAACAUGCCGUCAAUGGCCACGUGUUGAACGGCCCCAGCAAGGCGCCCCGAGACAGCCCCAAGCCCAGAGGGAAGGAGUGGGUGCAGGUGAGAGAGCGCAGUGAGAGAGCCGAGGCCCGGAGGGAGCAGGCCCUCAGCCAGCUAAAGGCUACAGCCAGGGGCCACACUACCAACGGACUAACCCACAGGAGGGCCGCAGAGGAGCUCAGCAAGCAGGUCUCUAAAGUGAACGGAGUCACACGGGCGUCCCAGACAGGCAUGCACACGGCCGGUGCCAAAAAACCGAAAGACUUCAGACUGCCGUCCAAAACUGUGAAUGGCCUCGUCACAUACACCAAAGGAAAACGAGAAAUGGUCAAGAAAACCAAACUGAACAAGCGCAAACACAGCACUGCUGCUACCCAUAGAGCCCAUAGCAACAAUCGCCACCACAACCACCUCCAGCGCCACCAGCGACUCCCCCUCUCCAACUCAGGAAAAGCCCAGAAUAGCAAAGCAAAAACAAGCAAACAGGUGCUAUUAUCCAAUGGGGUGCACAAGGUGACCAACGGGGGCGGAAUGCGCUUCAACGGGCACCUCUGUGCCAAGCAGGAGGUGGGCAGGCAGGGGCGCGAGGGACUGAGGAACUCCAAGCGGAGGCUGGAGGUGGCGGUGGCUGCCAUCGGGGCGGUGGCUGACUCCCAGGGUCAGCUGGUCAUCCUGGAGACUAACCCCAACCGUAAGAAGACCAAACAGAACCAGAGCAGCCCCCUGGACGGUAAGACCAAGCACCAGACCAGCCCUCUGGAGACACGCAGUAAGAAAGCGUGUCAGGGCAAGGCCUCGGUCCCUAACGGACACAUCGUCAUGGAAACCACCCCUCCCCCCUCCCUGCUAGCCCCACCCCCUCCCUCCACACCACUAGCCAAUCCAGAGCCAGGGCGUCAGCGGCCCAAGCGGGCGUCAGCCGGCAAGUUGAUGUUCAUCAGACAAGCACAGCACCGGGCGCAGGCUGCCUCUAACCCUAACCACACCCACACCCUUAACCGCUCAACUACCUCAGAGUCGCCUGGCCACACCCCUGGCCACACCCCUCACAAACCAGCAGAGCCCCGGCCUGACAGGGAGUGGGAAAGGGAGAAGGAGCGGGAUAAAGAGAGGGAGAGGGUGGAGAGGAGCAGGGCGAGCUGGGCAGCAUUGGGUGAGGCACCAGAGUUCUGUCCCACCCAGCGGGAGUUCCAGGACCCCCUGGUGUACCUGGACUCUGUGCGGGAGGGGGCGGAGCCCUGCGGACUGUGUCGGGUGGUUCCCCCGGCUGACUGGCGCCCAGAGUGCAAACUGAACGAUGAGAUGCGCUUUGUGACCCAGGUGCAGCGCAUCCACAAGCUAGGCCGUCGCUGGGGCCCUAACGUACAGAGGCUAGCCUGCAUCAAGAAGCACCUCAAAUCUCAGGGCAUCACCAUGGAAGACCCCCCACUCAUCGGUGGCUGCGAGGUGGACCUAGCUCGGUUCUUCCAGCUAAUUAAUGACAUGGGCGGCAUGCAGCAGGUUAUGGACCUGAAGAAGUGGAGUAAACUGGCUGAUCUGCUGCGGAUCCCCAAAUCAGCCCAGGACCGGCUGGCCAAGCUGCAGGAGUCCUACCUCCAGUACCUGCUGUCCUAUGACUCUCUGUCCCUAGAGGAGCACCGGCGCCUGGAGAGGGAGGUGCUGCAGGAGAAGGAGGGCCUGGAGCGCCGCAGGGGGCCCCUGGAGGGCCACACAGAGAGGAGCCUGACCCUGCCACGCUACGAGCCCAAGAACGGGCUGGUCGGCAGUCUGGUGCAGCACAGCAACGGUCAGCUGUGCAGCCGGCUGAAGGAGCUGGACAGUCAGCAGCUCAAGGUGGGACGCCGGAGGCUGUUCUCUCAGGAAAAGAGGAAUGGGGAAAUGACACAGCAGGAGGAAGAUGAGGAGGAGGAGAAGGGGGUUCUCAGCGACCAGCACAAGUGUAUUUACAAGGGUAAAUCUGUAUCGCUCACCAACUUCUUCAGGAUAGCCAGGAACACCAUGAUCAUGUGCUUUAACAAAGAGCCUGGGGCUGCUGAGGUCGAGCAAGAAUACUGGAGGAUAGUGGAGCAGAGGCACUGCCAUGUGGCAGUGCAUUAUGGGAAAGUGGACACCAACACACACGGAAGUGGCUUCCCCGUGGGAAAGUCAGAGCCAUUUUCUAAACAUGGAUGGAACCUCACUGUCCUCCCUAAUAAUUCUGGAUCCAUUCUGCGGCAUCUUGGAGCUGUGCCCGGGGUCACCAUUCCUUGGCUGAACAUUGGCAUGGUCUUUUCUACCUCAUGCUGGUCUCGAGACCAAAACCGCCUUCCAUACAUUGAUUACUUACACACUGGUGCUGACUGCAUUUGGUAUUCUAUUCCUGCUGAGGAGAAGGUGAAGCUUGACAAGGUGGUUCACACACUGCUGCAGGCCAACGGGACCCCUGGGCUGGAGAUGCUGGAGAAGAACAUCAUGAUCUCUCCAGAGGUGCUUUGUCGAGAGGGUAUCAAGGUCCACCGCACGGUCCAGCAGAGCGGUCAGUUCGUGGUCUGCUUCCCCGGGACCUUUGUGUCCAAGGUCUGCUGUGGCUACAGUGUGUCGGAAACUGUGCAUUUUGCCACCCCCCAGUGGAUGAACCUGGGAUAUGAGGCUGCGAAGGACCUGAAAUGCCGGCACAUAGCCAAACCCUUCUCCAUGGAGAAGUUACUCUACCAGAUCGCCACGGCCGAAUCCAAACGCGAGAACGGGCACAUUCUGACUACGAUCUCCGCCCUUCUCAAAGACCUCAGGAACAUAGAGAUGAGACAGCGGCAGGAACUGUACGAGGCAGGGCUUCUGUCCUCUGCCCGCUACGGAACACAUGAUAACAGCCUGUUGCCCGGUGAUGGACGCAAGAAACCCAGGAAGUGGCUGGCGCUGGAGUCGUCAGAGAGACGCUGCCAGACUUGCCAACACCUCUGCUACCUGUCCAUGGUGGUCCAGGAGAAUGAGAAUGUUGUCUUCUGUUUGGAGUGUGCUUUGAGAUACGUGGAGAAUCACAAGUCCUGCAGAGGCCUCAAGAUGAUGUAUCGUUACGAUGAGGAGCAGAUCAACAGCUUGGUGAAGCAGGUGUGUGGUAAGGCCCUGGGGAAGAUGGCUGAGAAAUGUAACGGUGCAAGCCCCAUCAAACCACCACCUAAACGCGGACCCCGGAAGAGAGAGACCGUGGAGGUGUCCCUGUCCCGCCUCUCCUCUUCCCACCUGUCUCCUGCAGCGGUCACAUGAGGACGUUAACACCCCCCCACUGCCCCUCAUCUUAGUUUGGAGAAUCACUGUUGUCCUUUUUUUAAAGAAAGAAAAAAUAUAAUGCCCCAAAUCUCCCACGCAACCUUACUAUGACAAACUACCCCACCCACCCCCUUACUAUGACAAACUACCCCACCCACCCCCUUACUAUGACAAACUACCCCACCCACCCCCUUAGUAUGGCAAACUUGUGAAAGCAAGCAGUCUUUUUUUUGCACUAGCACGGAAAAUGUUUUCUGAGGGUGUGGGGGAUGUUAGCAUUAAUUGAAACGUUCACAGGUAAAUGUUGUGCCCCUUUCACUGCCCCCCCCCCCAAUGUGUGCAGUCAGACCCAUCGCCAUCUGUCACUCAACUGUGAACAAAGGGAUGAGUGGAGAAGGUGCUCCUUUCUUCAUUUUAUUGAAAUGACACAAGUAGAACCCAAAGUUCUCAUCUUUAGUUUAUGAAGAUGAGUUAUUUUUAUUCUCCUCUGCCUGCAGAAGCUCCUGUUGUUCAGGGCCUGUUGCUCCCUAACCCACGCCAGGUAGAACUUGAAAGGCAGAUGUGUUUUGGCUGGCUUGUUUUAUUUGGGAUUUUAGCUUUGAUUUUUAGAUUUUGAGGAAGUCUUCUGUGUUUAUUUUGUCAUCGUUGUUUCCUUUUUCUUUGUUACUUGUGGAACUAGUGGUGCCAUGGCUGUAUGUCAGAAACACAGCCUGGGGUGCCAUGGCUGUAUGUCAAACGGACCAAGGUGCCAUGGCUGUAUAUCAGAAAUACAGACGUCGGUGUCUCUGUAGUAGGAGGGAGGCCUCCUUCACUAGCAAGUGAAAACUGUGCCUGAUGCUCAACAAAGAGAUCCAUUGUUUUUGGUGCUGUUGGUUAUUAUUACUGUAUAACAAUACAAAAGAAAGGUGGGGUGCUGGCUAACUGCUAGCCCCUUCUCCCACAGGGCGGUAGCCUCUAGGCUCUCCUCUCCCAUAGGGUUAGGGUUCUCGGAUCUCCUCUUCUCGAUGUGCAAUCAUGUUAACAUUCCAUUCUUCCAGUCCUACUGUUUCAUCUGUAUCAGUUAACAUUAAUAAUUUUAUUCUUUUCUAUUUUGAUUGUGUUUUUGUUCUAAUGUGCGAGUAGAGUCACUAGUCAAAGGGUGUGAAAUGUGAAAUAUGGAAAUCCAAGUUUAUUUUGUUUUGGGGUGUGUAUUUUAGGUUUUUCACUUUUUUUCAGAUGUAUUAUGAAUUAUUUUAGCAGAAGGUCCAACACAACAUACAUUUUUGUACAUAAUCCUGUAAAUGUCUUUAAAUACUCGAGCCUUUUCUGGGGUGAAGGAAGGAAAAUGAUACCAUUUAAAGGUAUUACAGGAAGCAAGGGAGGAAGUGCUUGAUGAAGAAAAGCCUUACGUUUCAGUUUCUUCAUCUGUGUGAGUUUGAUGCUUACAGGGUUGCUCUGGUUACGUGUAUACAUUUUAAGUGCUGCUUACAUCACCAAGACAAAGAUAUGGAGUAGCUAUGGCCCCCUAGUUUUUUACAAGUGUUUUUUUUUCCUUUAGCUUUACUUUUUUAAAGAAAAGGGAACAUAUGUUCACAAAAAUGUACUGAAAAUUCAACAAUGUAGUAGCUCCUCAUGUUGCACUGAGCUUGCCAGUGGUGGCUGACAAGGUGAUCCUAUUAUCCAGUUUGUUGGUGGUUGUUGUCCUUUACAGAAGACUGAACUGUUUUAGGAAUAUUUAAUGAAAACCAAGUCGGUCGUUUUCAACAAAAGUGGUUAAGUUUUUAUGGCCUUACAAUGUAUUUUAUUCAGAUUUCUUUGCAAUUUUCUUUUUCUACAGUAUAAACUAUUGCUCACGGUCUGGCAAGUUAAUUUAUUAGCACUGCGUCUCCAGCUUUCCUUCCACUUGGAAAGAGUUCAUGUUGGUUAUAUUGCCAGUUUUUUACUUUUGCAGUUUGUACUAAAGGUUUAAUAAAAACGUACAGACAA